GUUCCGGUGUCUUACGGAAGGACUUUUACUUUGCUGUGUAAUUGUGGACCGAAGAGUGGACCGGUAGCUUACAUCGGAGUUGUGUGCGUUUGACAGCAGUUAUCACAAUGCCUGACUACCUGGGAGCGGACCAGAGGAAAACCAAGGAAGAGGAGAAGGAGGAUAAGCCUAUCCGGGCACUGGAUGAAGGCGACAUCGCGUUGUUAAAAACCUAUGGACAGAGUACAUAUUCCCGUCAGAUUAAGCAAGUAGAAGAUGAUAUACAGCAGCUUCUUAAGAAAAUCAAUGAGCUCACAGGAAUUAAAGAAUCCGAUACUGGACUUGCUCCCCCAGCUUUAUGGGACUUGGCUGCCGAUAAACAGACUCUUCAGAGUGAGCAACCACUUCAAGUGGCCAGAUGUACAAAAAUAAUCAAUGCUGACUCGGAGGAUCCAAAAUACAUUAUUAAUGUGAAACAGUUUGCCAAGUUUGUGGUGGAUCUCAGUGAUCAGGUUGCUCCUACAGAUAUAGAAGAGGGCAUGAGAGUUGGUGUGGACAGAAACAAGUACCAGAUCCACAUACCUCUGCCUCCUAAAAUUGAUCCAACAGUUACUAUGAUGCAGGUGGAAGAGAAGCCUGAUGUCACAUACAGUGAUGUUGGUGGUUGUAAGGAGCAAAUUGAAAAACUAAGGGAAGUUGUUGAAACACCACUUCUUCAUCCAGAACGAUUUGUCAAUCUUGGCAUUGAGCCUCCAAAAGGAGUACUCUUAUUUGGACCCCCUGGAACUGGCAAAACUUUGUGUGCUCGUGCAGUGGCUAACAGAACUGAUGCCUGCUUCAUCAGGGUCAUCGGGUCAGAAUUGGUCCAGAAAUACGUUGGAGAGGGAGCGCGUAUGGUGCGUGAACUGUUUGAGAUGGCCAGGACAAAGAAAGCAUGUCUUAUUUUCUUUGAUGAAAUUGAUGCAAUCGGCGGAGCUCGUUUUGAUGAUGGCGCUGGGGGUGAUAAUGAGGUCCAGAGAACCAUGCUGGAAUUGAUCAAUCAGUUGGAUGGAUUUGACCCCAGAGGAAAUAUUAAAGUACUAAUGGCAACAAACAGACCUGACACCUUAGAUCCAGCACUCAUGAGGCCUGGAAGACUGGAUCGAAAAAUUGAAUUCAGUUUACCUGAUCUUGAGGGCCGUACCCAUAUAUUUAAAAUUCAUGCUCGUUCUAUGAGCGUCGAGAGAGAUAUAAGAUUUGAACUGCUGGCUCGACUGUGUCCCAAUAGCACAGGUGCUGAAAUUCGUAGCGUGUGCACAGAGGCGGGUAUGUUUGCUAUCAGAGCACGCCGCAAAGUUGCAACAGAGAAAGAUUUCUUGGAGGCUGUGAACAAGGUCAUUAAGUCGUAUGCGAAGUUCAGUGCAACCCCUAGAUACAUGACAUACAAUUAGAU